UCCUAAACGGAAAAGCAAGAGACAUCUGCACCUGCAGCCCAGCUGAAGCCCCGGCUGCCCACGCUGGGGCCAGAGGGUGGAGGCCCCGGGCCCUUGCCUUCUCUCAGAGGCCACAGCCCGCAGCAGGCUGGGUGGAGCCUUCCUAGCUGCUGCACAGGCUGGCUGGCGGCUAGGGCUGCGCCACGCUUCAACAGCAAGAGGGAGACGGACAUGGAGCAGCAGAAGGGUCUGGCUGGCCUCAUCCUGACUGUCUUUCUCCUUCAAGGUACUAUGGCCCAGAUUAAAAAAGAAAAUCUUAUGAUAGAAGUGGAUGACAAUCGAGAUGAUGGCUCAGUGCUUCUGACUUGUAAAUUGCCAGACAAAAAUAUCAAGUGGUUAAAAGAUGGGCAGGAAGUGAAGUUCCGAAAUGUAAGUGGAAAUAAGUGGAACCUGGGAAGUAGUACCAAAGACCCUCAAGGAAUAUAUUCGUGUAAAGGAGCAACGAAAAGUUCGGAAUCACUCCACGUGUAUUUCAGAAUGUGUCAGAACUGCAUUGAGUUAAAUGCAGCCACUGUUUCCGGCUUUAUCUUCACUGAAAUCAUCAGCAUUUUCUUCCUUGCUGUUGGAGUCUACUUCAUUGCAGGACAAGAUGGAGUUCGCCAGUCAAGGGCUUCAGAUAAGCAGACUCUGUUGCCCAAUGACCAGCUCUACCAGCCCCUCAAGGAUCGGGAAGAUGACCAGUACAGCCAUCUUCAAGGAAACAACCUGAGGAAGCACUGAGCUCAGGACAUGGCAGGUGUUCUCCAUUCCAUCCUGUUCUCAGAAUCAAGGCAAUACAUUCUAGAGAGCUCCUAGCAGGGAUAGCUUCAGCCUUGAAUCCAAACUCAAGGUUCCCCACGGUGACAAAUGGAGAAGCAAGGCCAUCAAAGUUAAUUUUGGCUUUCUUCAAAGUAAAAAUGAAUAUGGUGUUUUGAGAGCGCCACCUAUCGGGAAAGUUUUUAAAAGGAAAAGAUCAAAUAACCCCCUCUGUUUGAAUAGUUGUUUUGCUUUAAUUCUUAUUUCAUUUUGGUAUAGGUCAUAGUUCACAUGGUUUAAAUAUUAACCCUCCACCUCCAUCCCCAGCCAUCCAGUUGCCCUCUAAAGAGGCAAACUGGUUUCUUAGAUAUCUUUCUGGAGGUCUUUUCAGCAUAUAUGAGCGAAUUCCCAAGUAUGUAUUCUAUCAUCCUCUAUUUUUCACACAAACGGUAUUAUACUGUACAUCUGGCACUUUUCCCUUGAAGAUUGUUUCGCGUAAGUAUAUAAGGAACUCCUUUGCCAAACAUACAGUGACAUUAUGUAAAUCAACUUGAGUAUUUUUUUUUUAACAAUUAAAAAAAAAAAAGCAGAUGGGGGUGGGGAGAUACAAGAGAGAGAGAUCUUCCAAUCACCAAUUCAUUCCCCAAAUGGCCACAACGGUUGAGGCUGGAUCAAGCUGAAGCCUGGAGCCUGGACUUAACCCAGAUCUCCCAUGUGGGUGCAGGGCCCAAGCACUUGGGCCAUCCUCACUGCUUUCCCAGAUGCAUUAGCAGGGAGCUGAAUAGGAAGUGGAACAGCCAGAACUUGAACUAAACCCGUGCAGCUUAACCUGCUGUGCCACACCAGUCUCCCACUUGAAUGUAUUUUAUCAGUCAUCUACUUAAGUUGAUUUCAAUCAUUUGCUUUAACAACAAUGUUGUAUAAAUGUAUAGAUACUAUUUUUUAAAACAACUGCAUUGAAAUAUAAUUUACAUGCCAUAAAAGUCCAUCAUUUUUAAGAAUUCUACCUGUUCUCAAUAGUUUUUAGUAAACUUAUCCAGUGGUAGAACCAUCUUCAGAAUCCAGUUUUAGGGGCUGGCGCAGUGGGUUAACAUCCUGGCCUGAAGCACCGGCGUCCCAUAUGGGCGCCGGUUCCAGUCUCAGCUGCUCCACUUCCAAUCCAGCUCUCUGCUGUGCCCUGGGAAAGCAGAAGAUGGCCCAAGUCCUUGGGCCCCUGCACCACGUAGGAGAUUUGGAAGAAGCUCCUGGCUCUUGGCUCCUGGCUUCAGAUCAGCACAGCACCGGUAGUUGCGGCCAACUGGGGAGUGAAUCAUUGGAUGGAAGACCUCUCUCUCUCUCUCUCUCUCUAUAUAUAUAUAUAUAUAUAUUUCUCUCUAACUCUGACUUUCAAAUAAAUAAAUAAGUCUUUAAAAAAUCCAGUUUUAGACCAUUCUUGGGGCCAGCGCUGUGGCACAGCAGGGUAAGCCACCAUCUGUGAUACCACCAUCUCAUAUGGGCAACAGAACAGUUCAAGUCCCUGCUGCUCCUGCUAUUUCCAAUCCAUACUAAUGCAUUAGUAUUACUAAUGCAUCUGGGAAAACAGCAGGAUGUCUCAAGUCCCUGGGCCCCUGCACCCAUGUGGGAGACCUGGAUGGAGUUCCAGGCUCCUAGCUUUGGCCUGGCCCAGCCCCCUGCUAUUGCAGUCAUUUGGGAAGUAAACCAGUAGAUGGAAGAUCUCUCCCUCUCUCUAACUCUGCCUUUCAAAUAAAAUUAAACAAAUCUAAAAAAAAAAAA